CGCAACUUCCAAACGACCCUUGAGAAACACAAAAUCAAACCACCAAUUAUGUAGUAUUAACCAUUGGGCUUGAACCAACCACCAUGAAUAAAAAAGUUCAGAAAGAACAGAGAUGAGUGAACGGGAGCCGUACUGCGUACUCUGUAAUAUGGGUUUCUUUAUGGGCUCUCCACUCAAGAGAAUCCAAAACAAAAAAGCCCGCAAGUCUAGUGGGGCUGGCCUACUCCAUUGGCCUUAGAUUAGGGGCCCUAAGGCAAAGUAUAAGACAGUGAGUCCGAGACCACAAGUUGAGAGAGAACGAUCGAGGAGUAGCGAACGAGUGUACGCAUACCAAUAUGGGUUUCUUCGUGGGCCUUAGCACAGGAGGAAAAAAAGCCCACAAUUAGUGGGGCUGGUCUACCAAUUCACUAGGCUUAGAUUAGGAGCCCAAAGGCCAAGUACGAGGGCGUGAGUGAGACUAGGGCUGCGAAACGGUGCGGUCUGGUCCAGACCAGACCAUAUAUACGGUCUACGGUCCAGACCGAGAGGCUAAAGUGUAGACCAUAGACCAUACGGUCCGGUCCCAACCACACCUGUGCUGUCUGGUUCGGUCUGGUCUGGUCCAGAUAGACCACACUCAACGAAAAAUGAAUAAUUUCUUUAGUCAACCACAAAAAAAAUUGAACCAAUAACCAAGAAAAAAAAUGUUAUUUGCCUUAAAACAUUAUUCCUAACAUGUAUGAAUAAUUUUGAUACUCUAAAUCUUAUUACAUAACAAAGAUACAAAGUAAAAACAUCCCAACUUGCACCAUAAUGUCAUAAACAUUAACAUAAUGUCAUAUGGAGACACGAUUAUCUCUACUAUGUGGUUAAAUGUGGUUGUGAAUGAAGGAGGGAAGAGAUUCACAAAAUUAAGGUUGAGACUUAGGUGUCGUUGUGGGAGUUUGGAGAGUGGUCGAAUGAGCUAUUAACACGUAUUGACAAGUCAGUUGGGUCUAUGGUUUGGUCCGGUAAACCGCGGUCUAGACCAGACCAGACCAAGAGAUUAAAUCAUAAAAUAAUACAGGCCAUGAACCAGACCAUACUUCACGGUCUACGGUCCGAAUCAAACUGUACGGUACAAUUUGGACCACGAUUUUUCUAAUGGUAUGGUCUGGUCUAUUUUCCCAUACCAUAACUUUGGCAUGCUAACCCACAUCACUCGUCACUUUCACUUGCGGUUUCCCGUUUUCUUUCCUUCCUUCUCGGUUGGUUGGUCCCCUCAAGCCACCAAAAGUCCCCAACUCUACAGCAGGCCUUCUUUCUUUGUCUUCUUCAUUUCAAGUAGUCAGAGAUCUGCCUCUUCGCCUCAAAGGACACUGCCCUUCUCCUCCUGCUUCUUCUUCUACUUCGUCCUCUGCUGCUGCUGGUUGAAUGGCCAUCAUGGCCACAAGUUGCCGAUCGACGCUCUCUGGUUUUGUCCGUACGUUGUUUUGAGCUGUCCUGUUGUGCUUGUGCAUGCUCUGUUUCUUUAUAGCAGUGGGGAUUUAGAGCCGAAAUCAAAGGCACGUGGUUGGGUUUUCUUUUCUUCGCUCUUCUGUGUUUUUGUUUUGAUCCUAUGUGUGGCUCCAAAUUAUGUUCCACAUAUGACAUAUUGCCAUAGCAUGGGGUAGCCUUGUCCCUUCCAGCUUCUCGAAUCAUUAUUGGGUCGUUGGCAUGAAUGGUCACCAUGUUUUUAAGUUACUACUAAGCUCUCACUACCAAUUUUAUGUUUAACAUGUUUUUUGUGGGGGCAAUAGACCAGUUCGCCUCAAUAACCCGAGUUGUUGAGAGAGGUUCGAUAAUAAAUCUUAUACCGCUCACUAUCACAAUUCACACACCCCCUCAAGCGACGCCAGUCAACUCAUAAGUGCUUUUGUUUGCACAUGUACUAAAUAUGAGAAUACAAUGCGAGCUUACACAUAUGGGGUCAGUGAAAUUCGAAAAAGAAGAGCUCUCGGUCAAAAAAGGCUUUCUGAUAAUUGAAAGAGGAAAAACAAAGACUACAAUUAUGAUUACGUUCGAGUGUAGUGUAGUCCUACAACUACAAAAGUCAACAAUUACAACAACAAAUAUAAUGACAGUACUACUAAAACUCAUGUUUAACAUGCUAAACCCUUAUGGUUAGCAUGCUAACCUAUUGUUUCGUUAACUUAUACAAACUGUAGUGGUACAUUUGUUAAAUGUUAAAGUACAAUGGUCACUUUGUCAAUAACUUCAAACUUCAGUGGCUAUCAUUGUAAUUGACCCCAGAGACUCCCUGGCCUAUGUUCUGCCACACAAACCACUCCUUCCCAUCUUUUCUUCCACCACCAAUCACCUCCCGCCACGUAAAAGCCCUGCCACUGCAUUGGUCAACCCUUCAUUUCCUUCUCGAUCUCCUCCACGCUGUCAGCCACCCAAAGUGCUCACGUGGCUGCCGUCGUGUCACCACCCGCCAGCGUGGAAUCCCCAUCUCCCCGCCGUUGCCUGAUUACCGCUAAAAUAUCAAUUCAGUAUCAUAAUCUCUCUUUAACACAUAUUUAGCUCCUCUAAUUAUAAAUUAAAGUUGGCAUCAACGAGGCUAAUUAUUAAUUAAUUAAACUUUCCUUAGAAAUUAAUAAAUUCCAAAAACAAAAAAUGAAGAUCUGGAGACGGAGAUUUCGACCCCACCUAGCGGUAUCAACGAGGCUUCAGGGCGUAAAUUGCCAGCCGUAUAUUCCCAGUCCACGGUCAACCGUCCGAUCAUUCCCAUCCAACGGUCCAGAUCUCCCCUUUCUCCAAGUCAUGUAUAAAAAAUGCCAAUAGGACUGAACCCCACAUCAGCUUCUUCUCCCUCACUUUCCAUUUUUCUUCCCCAUCUGAACCUCCGCCGCCGCGCCGCCGCUGCGGCCACCGCCAGAUGGCGUCUCUCGCUUUGACCACUUCCUCCUCCUGCUCCCUCUCCUUCAAUUCCCUCCCUUCUCUCAAAUCCCGCCGCCUCCCUUCUCCCACUCUCAGAUCCGCCGCCCGCCUCUCGUCCCGCCUCCCCUCCCUCUCCUCCUCCUCCUCCGUCGCCGCCGGAGGAAGACUCUCCUUCUCCCCCUGCCUUCUCAAAUCGAAUGCCUCCCGCGCCUUCAGAAUCCGGGCCUCCUCCGAGGCUCCGUCCUCAGCUUCAGUUCCCGCGCCGGCACCUGUGCAGCCAUGGCAGGGGGCGGCGAUUAAGCCGUUGCUGGCCUCGAUCGCUACAGGAGUCAUUCUCUGGUUCAUCCCGGUACCGGAAGGAGUGACCAAGCAGGCGUGGCAGCUCCUCGCAAUUUUCCUCGCCACGAUCGUCGGAAUCAUAACCCAGCCCCUGCCGCUCGGAGCCGUCGCGCUGAUGGGAUUGGGUGCCUCCGUACUGACCAAAACCCUCCCCUUCGCCGCCGCGUUCUCCGCCUUCGGCGACCCGAUCCCGUGGCUUAUCGCGCUCGCCUUCUUCUUCGCCCGCGGGUUCAUCAAGACCGGGCUAGGUAACCGAAUCGCGUACCAAUUCGUCUCCCUGUUUGGAUCCUCUUCCCUAGGGUUAGGUUACAGCUUGGUCUUCAGUGAGGCGCUUCUCGCCCCGGCGAUCCCGUCCGUCUCGGCUCGAGCAGGGGGGAUCUUUCUCCCGCUCGUGAAGUCGCUCUGCGUCGCCUGCGGUAGCAAUGUGGGCGACGGGACGGAGCAUAAGCUUGGUUCCUGGCUGAUGUUGACUUGUUUCCAGACCUCGGUGAUUUCGUCGGCGAUGUUCUUGACUGCCAUGGCGGCUAACCCGUUGUGUGUCAAUUUGACUAUGAAUACGAUUAAGCAGACGAUUGGGUGGACUGAUUGGGCUAAGGCUGCUUUCGUCCCUGGACUGGUUUCCCUGCUCGUCGUCCCAUUGAUUCUGUACAUCGUCUAUCCGCCAACGAUCAAGAGCAGCCCUGAUGCGCCCAAAUUGGCCAGGGAGAAGCUGGCGACGAUGGGGCCGAUGACCAAGAAUGAGAUCAUCAUGGCUGGAACUCUGCUUGUCACGGUGGGCCUCUGGAUAUUUGGUGGCGUGUUGAACAUCGAUGCUGUGACUGCUGCUAUUCUCGGGUUGUCGGUCCUCCUAAUCUCCGGUGUGGUGACAUGGAAAGAAUGCUUAGCCGAGUCAGUAGCGUGGGAUACCCUGACGUGGUUUGCAGCCCUCAUCGCCAUGGCAGGGUACCUCAACAAGUACGGCCUCAUUUCCUGGUUCAGUCAAACCGUUGUCAAGGUUGUUGGUGGACUAGGGCUCUCCUGGCAGGCGUCGUUCGGCAUCUUGGUCCUCCUCUACUUCUACUCCCACUACUUCUUCGCCAGUGGCGCGGCUCACAUUGGUGCGAUGUUCACCGCGUUCUUGUCCGUGGCUAGCGCCCUGGGAACCCCGCCUUACAUGGGAGCCAUGGUGCUGUCCUUCCUCUCCAACCUCAUGGGAGGACUCACGCACUACGGUAUCGGGUCGGCGCCCGUCUUCUACGGCGCUGGCUACGUCCCUCUGGCCCAGUGGUGGGGAUACGGAUUCCUCAUCUCCAUCGUCAACAUCGCCAUCUGGCUCGGAAUCGGCGGCUUCUGGUGGAAGACCCUCGGCUUGUGGUAAACAGAAGACGAGAAAGACUCAAAGACAUGAACUUGUCGAUUCUUUUUGUCAGCCACUAGGUGAAUGGUGGUUUGCUGAGAAUUUGAUUCUUUGGCCUCGUUUUUUGCUUGAUGAUAUUAUUAUUGGCGGGUGUAGUUACUAGGUGGUAAAUGUUGGAAUUGCAAUAUGAGAUUUUGGGAGGAUACGAAUUUGCCAAAUUUUUCAUUAGAGAAGGGGAAAUUUGACAUUUAUUGUAACUCGAGAACCUUUGACAUUUGUUAGGCCUAUUCAGAAACUGGCUGACUUGCUUUCUUAUGAUGAGUUUGGCGGGGAAAAAGUAAGCAAGUAAACAUUUUUUCCGAGG